AUGUCAUCACAGUUCUUGGAACCAGGGCUUCUAAGCAUAAAGUCGAGGGUCUGGAACUCCACAGAUGUGAAUGCAACUCAAAGCUGCUCUUUCAGCGUCGGCUCUGCAGAAGUGGAAUCUGAGCGCGUGCCUGAUCAGGCGCUUCCGUUGACUCCGGACCCGACGCCCCUUGAGGAGGAGCAACGCCUGGAUGAAGUCUUCGGGGGCAAGAGGCAGCUUGAUCGAUUUCGCGCAAGCUUUGUCUUUGCAGAGUUUGACUCAACCUACGGCCCUGUGGGCCUUUCACCUCUGGAGCGUGAAAGGCGCCUGGAGGUGGGCGACUUCCUUCGGCUCAUGGCUGCUGGAGCAACGGCAUCGCUUAUCAGGGCUUUGCUCUUCCUGCCCAUUCAGAACGUGAAGGUACGCAUGCAGACGAACCCCGACCUCGGUGGUGGCGACCUCGGCGCUGCUGUAAAGGAGAUCGCGGCGACACAGCCGGCGGUUUCGUUCUACAAAGCUGUGGAUGUGGUUGCCAUCUACGCCGUCGUUUUCGGCUUCUUUAGCUUCGGAGUCAAGGAGUUCCUGUCCAGGGAGCUGGUGAUACAGUUCCCUGGUCUCAACGAGUUGCUGGCUAUCAUUGCCGCUUCCGUGGCCAGCGUCUUCAUCACCAUGUUGGCUGGAGCACCUUGGGAGGUCUUGACCACUCAAGUCAUGGCCGGCAAAGAAGGUCCCCAGGGCCGCUUCUUUGGUCUCUCAUUGCUCUGGGAGAAGGUGCAGGCGAACCCAUGGAAGGCUGCUGUAGAGCUUUACGAGGAGUACUGGCUGCUUAGUGGAAAGGAGCUGGCCUUCGUGGUGACCAAAUUCUUGGUUUUCGACUCGCUGCGUGAAACCAUACUCUUCGUCGUGCCGGCUUUUGCUGAGGCUCAGUCCCUGGUCGUCGCAUGCGGCUGCGGAGCCGUGGCUGGUGCCUUGGGGGCCAUCACUUCGCAUCCUAUCGACACUCUCUUUGCCCUGCGGACAACUGGAGGAGCAGGCGACGAAAUUCCCAGCCUGGACAAGCUUUUUCGCGGUGUUGGGGCGCGAGUUCUGAUUUACUCGCCGGGUAUUGCGUUGACAUUUCUGGUGUCCUCAGGCUGCAUGUAG